CUGCUGCAGCAACGCAAACAGGGCGUUGUUCCGGUUAAAGGCGAACGCAGGGAGCCUCCCACUGCCCCCUUGCUUCGCGCGCCCGCAGCCCGGCAGCACAGCUGUCUUUGGGGACACUAGCCAUCCAGCGAACACACGGAGUUGGUGCCCGAUCUGGGACGACUAUUUCUUUGGGCUCCCCGAGCUCCGCUGAGCCUGCGUCGCCACCGCCACCAUGCUCCUCCUGUUGCUGGGAAUCAUCGUCCUGCACGUCGCGGUGCUCGUGUUGCUGUUCGUCUCCACCAUCGUCAGCCAAUGGCUCGUGGGCAACGGACGCACCACUGACCUCUGGCAGAACUGCAGCACGUCUUCCUCGGGAGCCAUCCAGCACUGCUACUCCUCGUCAGCGAGUGAAUGGCUGCAGUCUGUCCAAGCCACCAUGAUCCUGUCCAUCAUCUUCAGCGUCCUCGCCCUGUUCCUGUUCUUCUGCCAGCUCUUCACGCUCACCAAGGGAGGACGCUUUUACAUCACUGGAUUCUUCCAGAUCCUUGCUGGUCUGUGCGUGAUGAGUGCAGCGGCCAUCUACACGGUGAGGCACUCUGAGUGGCAUGUCAACACUGACUACUCCUAUGGCUUCGCCUACAUCCUGGCCUGGGUGGCGUUCCCCCUGGCCCUUCUCAGCGGUGUCAUCUACGUGAUCCUGCGGAAACGCGAAUGAGGCGCCCGGCUACUCGCCUAGGCUCUGAGUAUACGCAGGGAGGGAGGGAGGGAGGAAACCAGAAACAAACCAACAAGCCAAAAAGAGCUAGCCAAAAGCCCAAACUCAAGCCAAACCAAAUGCAAGCAGUUGAGGGGGGAAUUGCUGUUGAUUGAAGAUGUAUAUAAUAUCUAUGGUUUAUAAAACCUAUUUAUAACACUUUUUACAUAUAUGUACAUAGUAUUGUUUGCUUUUUAUGUUGACCUUCAGCCUCCUGUUGAACCUUAAAGAAACAGCUGAAGACCUUGACGUCCUAACAGCGUAACCAAGCUCAGUGUCUGUCUUGUUUUUCCAUCAUUUGUUUCACCCAGAAGUAAAAUAACUCCACCUGGCCCCUUCCCUUUCAUCUGAAAGAAGAUGCGUACCUCCCUCCCACUCCGCUUCAUAGAAAACCAAAGUGUGGGGGUAAAAACCUGGAAUGCCCGAAAACCCUCACUCUGUGGGUGACCUGGUGCAUUGAGCAGGAGCAUCCACCAUCGGAUCUGAUCUGUGCGGAGCCUUAAGCACCCACAGGCACAAUAAGCAGACUGGAGCCCUCUGCUGAAACACGGCUAAUGGCUUUGGAAUACUUGCCCUUUCAGGGGGAGUAUCUUAGUCACACAUUUAAAUGAGAAAUCAGUGACGACGAAUCUGUGACAUGGUGCUAUGGAUUUACCAUUCCUUACUAUCACUAAUCAUCUAAACAACUCACUGGAAAUACAAUUAACAGUUUUUUUUUUUUUUUGACAUAAAGUACAAUGGAGACCUGAAUAAUUCUGUGUAAUAUAAAUGGUUUAUAACUGCUUUUGUACCUAGCUAGGCUGCUGCUAUUACUAUAAUGAAUACAUCUGAAAGCCUCCAUCACUCCCACAUUUUCUUUAUGGUCGGAGCAUCAGGAUGAGAUCUAGACCCUUGGGACUGUGAGUUCCCAGACUUACUGGGUCUAGAAGUUUCUGUGCUUCCAAGGACUGUCUGGCAAUGACUCGUAUUGGCCACCAACUGUAGAUGUAUAUACGGUGCCCUUCGGAUGCCAAGACUCCAGGCCUUUAUUUUAUUUUUUGCUUUGCUUUUUCCUGAUUUUAUAUCAACUGUGUGGACUAAGAUGCAUUAAAAUAAACAUCAGAGUAACUCA